AUGAUUGGGGAUCUAUUUGCAUUGGUCUUAGCUGUUCUGUUUGCGUAUUACCUCAUUACAAAGCACCUGCUUUCCCGCAAAUGUAGGGUUUGGACUGUUUUGAACAAUGUAGCAUCAAAACCGCACAGCAGUGAGGAUUUGGGAGUCGAGGAUGACUCUGAUUUUGGACGGGCUGUGAAGUUUGUACGAUGUGGAAAAUUCCGCCUCCAAGAUGCUUCCGUAAUUGUAAUUUUUAUAUUAUUUACCAUUCAGAAGCUUGCCCUUUAUGGACUUUUCAAACAAGCAACGAUUGGUGAUGUUAAUAUUGAUAAUCCUGGAGCCCUUGAUUUCGUGGGGUCGGCUAAGUGGAGCUCGUGGAAAUCUUACGAAGGAUUAUCAAAAGAGUAUGUCAAGAGGGAUUUGUACUUUGUAGAGAUGCAAAAGCGAAAUAUGUAG